AAUUUUGGCAGGCGCGGCCCGCCUCCACGAUUGAUGUCCGGCUGCACAGCAACACCAACAUCCACAAAAUCAGGACGCAGCACCGGCGUCGGACCCGGAAACCAGAACCAUACCCUUGCUCUUAUCACGAUGCAGAAUAAUGGAGCAAGAUGAGCAUGAUGAACUAUCACGCAAUACACGGCCAUGAUGUCUCCAGCUUUGAUCUGCCUUCGACGCAUCGUCUACCCACUGUGUCGGCCGCGCAGGCUUUGGAGGACUUGGAGAGAGACAAUAGCAAUUUCAUCUCAACGGGGCUUGCCUCCCUCGAUGCGUCAUUGAGAUCUGGCUUGGACGGUUCCGGCCCCGCCGGCAUCCGGAAGGGUCAUGUAACCGAGGUCUGGGGUCCUCCGGGUGCAGGAAAGACGGCCUUGGGGAUUCAGCUUGCUGCCCGUUGCCUCGCUGAGCGCCGCGGAGUUGUGUGGGUAGACGGAUUCCACCGCAUGCCCAUAGCGCGCUUGCGCGCCGUCGCCGGCAAGGAAGCUGCGCAGGCCGAGGAUGCGGAUUCGGGUUGCUUGGACGGCUUCACACACUACACGUGCCCCAGCCUUCCGCACCUGAUUGCGCUGUUGUGCCGUCCCACGGUGUCCUGCAUUCCGCCAGGGACAUCGUUGGUAGUUGUCGACUCGCUCUCGGCUUUAGUCAACCACUCCUUCCCGAAGCAUCCGGAGACGCGAACCGCUACGGACAGUAAGGGCAGCAAAGGACCCUCCGCCUCGGCAAGGAGGCUCCAGGUGCUCCAGUACAUCGCCGGCAGUCUUCAGAAGCUUGCGGCAACACGGGACCUGGCCGUUGUUGUUCUCACUCAAUGUGCCACAAAGAUGCAGGCGGAGCGUGGUGCGACCCUGAUCCCGGCCAUCAACGCGAGCGUCUGGGACCAGGGGAUGUCGACCAGACUUGUCUUGUUUCGCGACUGGCUCCAAGAGCGCUCGGGUGUACGUGGUGUGCACUUUGUCGGGAUCCAAAAGUCGGACGGGAAGGAUACGGCGUCCCUGAUUGACAGCAUCGGCGCCUUCACAGUGGAAAAGACCGGCCUGGUUGCAGUGGACUACGACAACACUCGACCAUCUAGGACGCUCACAUCUACGCCUGCGCAAAAGCGGAAGCUUGGGGAUACCGACUUCGAGAUUGCUGACAGCGACGACGAAGACUACGGUUGGGACGACGACGAAGACCUGCCUCCCAUGCCGUCGCAGUGGCAGGGAAGCGAGGAUCUCUUGCUCGUCCGGCCGCUCGAGAGCGAGGACGAGCAGCAGCAAGACGAAGAUGAGGAGCCCCUCGACACUGGGACGGAGGAAGACCGAUGUCCGAGCGAUGUUGCAGAGCAUGCAGAUACCGAACCUAAUGGUCCAGACCGCGCGGGCUAAACCCCUGCGUGACCGUUGAAUCACCCCAUAUUGGCCCGUCGUGGCUCGGAUAACCGCAGCCAACCCCGGUCCCUCGCGGUCCGCUAACUGCCCCGGACAACGUCGGCC